CGCCACGGCGUGGGGAGGUCCACCUGCGCGGGCGGCGUGUACGACGGCGAGUGGGUCCAAGACGCCAUGGAGGGCGCGGGCGUGUUCGAGUACGUCUCCGGGGCGAAGUACGAGGGGAACUGGAAGGCGAACAAGUACGACGGCGCGGGGACGUACGUCUGGCCGGACGGAUCAAAGUACCAGGGCGAGUUCGUCGAGAACGUCAUGCACGGGAAAGGGACGUUCGUGGACAAGGACGGGCGGGAGUGGAUCGGCGACUUUUACAACAAC